CAGAGUUUCCGAUGAUUAGUAAAUUACUUUCUGCAAACAAACCUACGCGUUUUUAUGACUCCCAAACGAGUUGACUCAGGAUUAUGAUCGCAUUACAAUAUCAUAGUUAUCAUACACAUAUUAAAAAAUUAAAAUGGACCUACCUCAUCCUCAUUAAUCAUCACCACACUUAUAUAAACCACUUAACCUAAAGUUUGUAUUCACAUAAAACUUUCCAGUACCAAUGGAAUCUCCAAUAUUCAUUCUCAUCACACUAUCAUUCUUUCUUCAAUCAGUUCUUGCUUCUUCUCAAACUCUAUCAAACUCUUCAACAAUCUGCAAAACGACGCCGGAUCCAAAGUAUUGCAAAUCCGUUUUUCCACAUAGCCAAGGCAAUGUUCAACAAUACGGCUGUUUCUCUAUCCGCAAAUCGCUAUCGCAAUCGCGAAAAUUUAUUCGCACCGUCGAUAGAUAUAUCAAACGCAACGCUCAUUUAUCUCAACCUGCCGUUAUCAGAGCUCUCCAAGAUUGCCGUUUUCUCGCCGGUCUAACAAUGGAUUACCUCUUAACGUCGUUCGAAACCGUUAACGACACGUCAGCAAAAACCUCUUUCAAACCGCUGUCGUUUCCCAAAGCCGACGACAUCCAAACGCUUCUUUCCGCGGCGCUGACUAAUGAGCAGACGUGUCUUGAAGGACUUACCACGGCCGCUUCUUAUUCCGCCACGUGGACUGUAAGAACCGGCGUCGCUUUGCCUCUCGUCAAUGACACGAAGCUCUUGGGCGUCUCACUCGCUCUCUUCACCAAAGGUUGGGUUCCAAAGAAGAAGAAACGGGCCGGGUUUGCUUGGGCCCAACCGAGAUCCGGUUCAUCGACCCACACUAAACCAUUCCGUCUGUUCCGUAACGGAGCUCUACCGUUAAAGAUGACAGAGAAAACAAAAGCGGUUUACGAGUCACUCAGCAGAAGAAAACUCGCCGACGGUGACAGUAACGGUGAUGGAGACGACGGAAGCAUGGUUCUGAUAAGCGAUAUCGUUACCGUGAGCCAAGACGGAACAGGAAAUUUCACCAACAUCACGGCAGCUGUAGCGGCGGCGCCGAACAACACCGACGGAAGCGCCGGUUUCUUUUUGAUCUAUGUGACGGCGGGAAUCUACGAAGAGUAUAUCUCAAUCGCGAAGAACAAAAGGUACAUGAUGAUGAUAGGUGACGGGAUUAAUCAGACGGUGGUCACCGGAAAUAGAAGCGUCGUCGACGGUUGGACUACUUUCAAUUCCGCCACAUUUGCUGUGACAGCACCGAACUUUGUUGCGGUGAACAUAACGUUCCGGAACACGGCCGGACCGGAGAAGCACCAGGCUGUUGCGUUACGGAGCGGCGCAGAUUUCUCAAUCUUCUAUAGUUGUAGUUUCGAGGCUUAUCAAGAUACACUCUACACACAUUCUCUAAGACAGUUUUAUAGAGAAUGCGAUGUCUAUGGAACGGUCGAUUUUAUAUUUGGAAACGCGGCAGUUGUGUUUCAAAACUGUAAUUUAUACCCGAGGAAACCGAUGCCAAAUCAGUUCAAUGCUAUCACCGCCCAAGGCCGGUCUGAUCCGAACCAGAACACUGGUACAUCAAUCCAAAACUGUACGAUUAAGCCGGCGGAUGAUCUUGUUUCGAGUAACUAUACAGUUAAAACGUAUUUGGGUCGACCGUGGAAAGAGUAUUCAAGGACGGUUUACAUGCAAUCGUACAUUGAUGGUUUCGUUGAACCGGUUGGUUGGAGAGAAUGGAACGGUGAUUUUGCGUUAAGUACAUUGUACUAUGCAGAGUAUAACAAUACCGGACCGGGCUCAAACACUACAAACCGGGUUACAUGGCCUGGUUACCACGUGAUUAAUUCCACUGAUGCAGCUAAUUUCACGGUCACUGGUUUAUUUAUCGAAGCUGAUUGGAUUUGGAAGACAGGAGUGCCUUACACCAGCGGUCUAAUUUCAUAGUAAUUUGUGAUUUGUUCUUAAUCAUUUUCUUUUAUUAAUUUAAUUUAAAGAAACUGUAUUAUUUUUGUUGAACUGUAAUAAAACCGAAAUUCAAGCUCAACGCAAAGGAAAUGUAAAGCUUGGUAAUGUAACUGAAUAAUUUUUGCGAUAAAUUAAGAAUUUAAUAAAG